AUGCGUGUCUCCGAGUCUGUCCUGUCUGUGCUGCUUGCGAUCUAUACAGGCCACGCCGCGGCCGAGAAGUACAAUGGAACCUGUGAGGGUGACAACCCCGUGAAGCUGCGCAUUGGAAAUGGUGGUGCCGGUCAAAGCGGCUUAGUCAAAGCACUGGCCGAGAGUUUCAUCAAGAGCAAAACCGACGAUUGCCAAAAUGAUCCUUUCCAAGUCGAAUGGGUCAAGGGCGACACUACCGAAACGAUCAACAACCUCAAGGACGGCUCAGUGGAUAUCGGCAUCACCUACCAUGAGACCGCGGAGAAGAUUGCGAUAUCAGGUGGCAUUGCUGAGGGAUGCAAGUACAAGGACGAGAACAGCACCGAAGCUUGCUUUGAGAACUGCGACGACUACGUCGAGAAGCCGUGCUACACCUUCCGCGACCACUUCUACCUAACCGGACCGAAGAAAAGUUCUACCGGCAUUACCGAUGACGACGACAUCACCGAGACCUUCUCCAAGAUUUACAAUUCAGCCGAGGCUGGCAAUGCUCGUUUCCUCAGUCGGUUUGAUAAGUCGGCUACCAACAUCAAGGAUUCAGAGCUCUGGAUCAACAUUGGACAGGUUCCCUGGGCCACCACAUACUCCAAGUGGUACCAUCAAUACAUGGACUACCCUCUCCAGGCCCUGAAGGCCGCCAUCAACCUGGGCGAAUAUACGAUCACCGACCGCGGCACCUACCUCACGCUGCAGAACCAGGAGGAAAACAUUACAGAUGACAUCAACAUUUACAAGAGUGGCGAGAACAUUCCAGAGCUCCUCAACCCUGCCGAUAUAAUCAUCAGCAAGAAGGCCGAGGACAAGGACCUUGCAUCUGACUUUGUCCAGUGGGUUCUUAGUGAAGACGGCCAGAAGGUCAUCGUCAACUUCCACAAGGAGGAUGGCUUCUGUCUGUACAAGGGCUUCCCUGUCGAAGACGGUGACGAUGUCGAGCCCACCGAGUGCAAGUGGGAUUUGAAUGCAAGCGAUGAGAGCGAUGAGAGCGGUGACUUGAGUGCGGAAGCUCGCCGAAGCGUCCGUGCCAUGCGAUGGAGAUCUUGA